UGUCACCUGUCAGUGUCCAUCAGUGCCAGCUCUCAGUGCUCAAUCAUGCCACCUGCCAGUGCCCAUCAGUGCCACAUUAGUGCCAUAUUUCAGUGCCACAUCAAUGCCACAUAUCAGUGCCCAUCUGAGCUGCCUUUCAGUGUCACCCAUCAGUGCCAGCCAGUGCCACCUAUCAAUGCAAGUCAGUGCCACCUAUCAGUGCUGCCUAUCAGUGCCAGUCAGUGCCACCUAUCAGUGUGCAUCAGUGCCACUUAUCAGUGCCCAUCAUCAGUGCCAUUUAACAGUGCCAGUCAGUGCCGCCUAUCAGUG